UGAUCGUUUGGACGCCAUAUUGCUUGAAAAAAAUAAUAGUCGUAUUUCGUGGUAUUUCGAAAGAAGUCUACCAAUAUUCCUGUGCUAGAAAGAUUAAAGAAAGAAGUGAAAAUGUCCGACCAAAACACUGAAGCUUUAAAUUUUGGACCAAAGUGGAUUCGUGAUCUUUCAAAUGGAAGCAACAUCUUAGUGCCGCCACCAUCACCUGGUCCUGCCUAUAAACUUGCAAAGUAUCGAUAUGGAAAGGAAGAAAUGUUGGCUUUAUUUUCACAAACUACUAAACCUCCUGUUGUUAAUACAGAUAUUGCAGAUUUUAUUUUGAAGAAAGUAUCACGCAAUCCCCUUGCCAUGCAACCUUUAACUGAAGAAGAACAACGAAAUUCAUCUGGAUCCUUAAACAGCAAUGCUGUGUUGAAAAUGAUGGGAAGAGGAGGAUCAAGAGGAGGUAGAGGGAUGUUGAGGGGUGGUAGGGGAUCUGGUCGUGGACGAGGUGGGGAAGUUGCAUUUCAACGUGGGCUUUCUCAAGAGGACUCAGCAUCAAUAAAAACAGAAGAAUCAUGGCAACGAGAGGGUGUAUCACGCAAGCAAAGUUGGGGAGACAGUAGUGGGCGAGGUGGAUUUAGUGAGAGAUCAAAUGAAAAAGACAAUGAAACAUCUCGUGGAGCUUAUGAAUCAACAAUGUCAUCUGGUCGUCAUAGUCGAGCUCUUGCUAGUGGAAACUGGCGAUCAUCAGAGACUGAUGAUGAACCUGCUGCAUGGAUGAUUCAGCAGCGAGGAUCCGAACAUUGGAGAUCAUCAUCACGUGAACAUUGGUCAAGAGAAGAUCAACAAAAGGAAAGAUGGCACAAUGAUAAAAAUAUUCCUGAAUGGAGUAAAACUGAUGAUGUGUUUGAACCAGAUUCUGGAACAUUUGAUGCAUCUGGAGCAUUUUGUGUUUCAAAGGAUAAAAAACCCCCAGAUGACAAUGAAUGUUCUAAAGAGGACUCAGAUCGAAAUCUUGCUAAAGAAUCAGAAAUCAGUGAUAAUAGCAAUGGUAAGAAAAAUGACAAUGAUACUCCACUUACUCUACCAAUGAAAGAUAAUCUCCAAACCACUAUGAUUCAAGAGGAAAAUGUUGAGGAUGUUGUUGAGAAUGUUCCUUGUCACAUAAAAAAUAUAUUAAAUGAAUCUGAUGGACGGCUGUUGUCAAAAGAAGACGCAGUUGAUGAUGUUGAUGGUCCAUCUGUUGCAUCUCGUCAUGAUGAAGUUGGAGCAAACCUAGAGAGAGUUGCUGAAAGUUGUAUUGCCAGCCUAGAUGUUGAGGAAGAAGAAAUAAGUGAAGAAAAAGAGGAAAGUUCGUCAACAUUACAUCAAGUAUCAUGGUACUAUCUUGAUCCCCAGGGUCAGGAACAAGGCCCUUUUAGUAAUGAAGAAAUGGUGGAAUGGUUCCAUCAUGGUUAUUUUACCAUGCAAUUAUCUGUAAGAAGAAAUUGCGACAAUGUUUAUCUUUCUCUUGGUGAUCUCAUUAAACGCUGGAGUCGCGUUCCCUUUUUACCCGGACCCAGUCCUCCUCCUAUUACGCGUCAACAAGUGUUGAAUGAACAAACAAUAUUCAUGCAGCAACAAUUGUUAAAUCAACAUUAUCAGCAACUUCAAAAACAAGCCAUUCUUCAACAAAUACAGCAACAGCAACAGUUGCAACAAGAGCAGCGUCAAAAAGCUGCCGAGUCAGCAUUACUAAACUUAUCUUCUAACUCGUCGUCUUUCUCGGCUGUUGCUUCACGAUCAUUACUUACUCAGGCGCAUUCAGGAUCUCCCACUGACGUAACAGAAAUGAUUUGGGGACCAGAUCCGGACACAACGCAAGAGUCUUGGUCAGUAAAUGGCAAAACUUCUCCUUGGAAAGAAAAUACAAUAAGAAAUGACGAUGAUCAAAGCAAAAUGACUGAAACUAACGAUAGAGACGAAGAAAGAAAAAAACAAGAAGAGAUUUUAAAACAAAGAGAGGAGGAAACGAUAAAACGUUCAGAUGAGGAAAAAUUAAAGCGUAUUGCGGAGGAAAGAUUACUGAAAGAAAAAAAGGACAAGGAACUACAGAAAGUAAAUAAAAAAGUAGAAAACAAACAAGUUAGUGGUAGUAAAGAUUUUGUGCCUGGUAAGGUGGGUAAGGGUCGUGGAAAGCUCUAUGACACGAUGGAAUCACGUGUUGGUCACAUGUUGAAAGACGAAGGGAUAGUUACCGAUGAAUUACAAAAGAAUGAAAAGAAUGAACAAAUUAGACGUAUGCAGAAAUAUGAUGCAGUUAAACAAAGGAAAGGAGAAAAUAUCGUGAAGAAUAACGUUGCUGAACAAAAACCUACAGAAGAUGUGCUUAAACGAUCAAAAGGUAUUCCAGAAAGAGCCGAAAAUGAUGAAAUGAAGGAAAACAAGCAAAAAGAAAAUUUUUCCGAGUCACAUGGUACCUCCCAUUGGAUGACAUCACAUGCUUCUGUUACUCUAUCUUUGUCUGAGAUUCAAAAUCAGGAAGAAAAAAAUCGCCGCGCGCACGAGCAAAAAAUGAGGGAACUGGAAGCUAGGCAACGUCAACUCCAGUCGGCUACCACAAGUAGUGGAUGGUCAUCUCAAAAGGUAUCUCCUACAAGUAACGUGAAGUCUUUAAAAGAUAUCCAAGAUGAACAAGCUCGUCAAUUACAGAAAAUGAACAAGCAAACAACCUAUCGCUCACAGCCCGCAGCCCCGGUCUCGCCCGCAUGGAACAUGGCUUGGACCGCGGGCAACAACAAUGUGUGGACUGGUAAUGACUUCGAGGAGGCUGCAAACGAGCGCAUAAAAAACAAUAAUAGAAACCAACAGACAAUGAGAAGUCAUCAGACGACUAAACCUAGUCCAACAAAUGCCGUCCAUAAUGGGAAAAAAGUUGUGAAAAAGUUGACUAAAGAUGAGGAGAGCGUGCGUAGAAUAUUUCAAGAAUCAGCUGUCAGUGACGAUCCAUUUAUUGAAUGGUGUAGUCAAAGUUUAAAAGGUUUUUCAACUGAUGUUGAUGUACCAACAUUCAUCGAAUUUUUAAAGGAGCAACAGUCGCCGUACGAGGUUCAUACUUAUGUUCGCGAAUAUUUUGGAGACAGCGUGAGAGCGAACAACUUUGCAAAACAAUUUAUUGAGAAACGUCAAAAUUCCGAGUGGAAACACGUGACUCCUAAAGCGCAUGCUCCUGUUCCCGUUGUUUCCCGAGGAGUUGGCAAGAAUACCCAAAGUGAUCAUGAAGUGAAUGGUAACAAAACAAAAAAGAAGAAGAAACAGCGAAUGCAAAAAGUUGAUCCAAGUAUCCUUGGCUUUAGUGUAAAUGCAGCUGCAGAGAGAGUAAACAUGGGGGAAAUUCAGAGCAUCAAUGAUUGAAGAAAUUUAAUGCUUUAUGUUUAUAACGUUUCGUUCUUCAUUGAGAAUGGCCUGGUAACGAGGAAUUGCAAAGUACAAAAUGGUUCAUGGUAGAAAUAGAUGAUGAUGUUGUGUUCACUCAGAAGAUGGAAAGGAAGCUAGAAAACAAGACACAGCCACAUGCAUUUGUUCCAUGUUAAAAGAGCGAAAGAGUAAUGGAGAAAAUCCCACGUGAUUCUUUUAUACCUUUUAAAAUAUUCCAUUUGAAACAUGACAUUUGUCAACGUUAAAUGGUUAAGAGCGAGAGAUCUAUUCUACGAACAUUACGUCAUUAGUGUGAAAUCAUGCCAACACGUGAUUAUAAAUAACUCAAAGUUUUUUCUCGCGUCUAAUUCAUGUAAAAAGUAAUAGAAUUUAUUUGUGUGACAUGUGAAA